AUGAACGGCACGGCAGGUAGUCACGCUAUCGUUGUGCAUGUUCGAAAAGUGGAUGGCGAAGGAGCGCUGCCGACGUUUUCUUACACUGGUCGAGAGGGGCAAGUUGCCUGUAGCGUAGGAAACAAGGUCUACAUAUUUGGAGGAGUCGAACAGGGUCAGGGAAAUGAGCCGAAGGAGUCUAACGAGCUGAUUGUGUUUGAUCUAGCAACUUCUAAAUGGUCUCAGCCUCGAAUUGCGGGGAUUCUGCCACCGCCCCGAUCUGCUGCAUCAUUAGUUGCUGUAGGGACAAAGUUGUACUUAUUUGGAGGCCUCAGUCACAUGUCCGGAUGGUUUGAUGACUUGUUCGUGUUUGAUACAAUCACAAAUUCCUGGAGCAUUCCAGACACUGAAGGAAACAGACCAAGGGCUCGCGAUAAACUUCAAGCAGUUGCUAUCGACUCAAAUAUAUAUUAUUUCGGGGGCUUUGGGCCAAAAACAGAUGAAGCUGAGGCAGCUGAUCUUGAUGGCGAGGAUGAUGAUGAUGAUGAAGCAGACAUCCCAGAAGCUCAUGAUCAGGAUGCAGCUGAGUUUGGCUGGUUUAAUGAUCUAUAUGUUCUUGACACAGUCAAUUUGAAAUGGUCGCAGCCGAUGCAGAUGAACCUUGGGGUGCCAACUGAAAGAGCUGCACAUGGAAUGUGUGCAAUAGGUCGUAACCUAGUCAUUUUUGGUGGCAGAGAUAUAGAAGACAGGCAGAACGAUCUGCAUAUAUUUAAUGUUGAUACUAGGAAAUGGAUGACAGAUCUACAAGUUGGAGGCAAAGUACCAGCACCCAGAUCUUUCCAUACACUCACUGCUGCUGGAAAUAAGGCAGUGCUAUUUGGUGGCAGAGGCAGAGAUGACAAGCAUUUUGACACCUUUGAUGUUUUUGAUAUAGACCUCAAGGAAUGGGUCCCAGUUACUAUAGAAGGGGACAAACCAGCAGCCAGAGGUCUUCAUUGUGCUGUUGCAGUCGGAGAUUCUUUAUUUUUAUUUGGUGGGUCCGGAGACUUUAGUCCAGAGAUCAUGCAGUGUCAGACAUUUUUUACUGAUGCAUACCUCGUCAAGUUAG